GUCCAAGAUACGUUAAGGAACGGUGGCAUCAGAAGAGAGGCAAGAGAAAGUAAUUGAUUUCAGUUUCAUUUUUCCGAUGCCACAGUUCAGUGUUCUGCGAUUAUAAAUAAAGACUACAUGAAAUCUGUAGCCAAUAAUAAAACGUUUCAAUAUAAAUCAACAGCAGUGUGAAAUCGGUUGUGUACAUCUGAAGACUAAUUGUGCUAUUUUUCUAUUUCUUUUAGCCAGUAAUAAUGAAUAGAGAGCCGGAGUUCGAAGCGGAGCAGUACGUGGACGUCCGCUCUCUGCCGCUGAAGCCGCCGCAGCCGGCGCUGAAGCCGGAGAAGGCCGUGCGCCGCCCGUGGCACCCGGUCAUGUGGGACAACUCGGACGCUGAAGUACUUACUAAGGAUCCGGAAAUGGAACAGAAAGAAUCGUCAAGAACCAAGGAAUACCCACAUAAGCAGCGUAUGCGUAAUUUAAGAAGACUCAUAGCUGAGGGGAAAGUUAAACCCACGUCAGAAACACUCAUAUUCUUUCUAUGUAACAAAUUUGCUAUAUCUGAAGAAAGGCAAUCUAAACUAAAAGAGAUAGAUAUGUGAAAUUACAACGAAAUUCUAUAAAUGUAUAAUUCGCAAGUUCACAUUUAAAGUAUUUUUGGAUGUUAUGGAAUAUUAUAUAUCUAAAAACUUAUGUAUAGUAUGUCCGCCUUUUUGAUAACAUUUUUGUACUUGAAUUGACACAAAAUUAUAUUUAUUAUUUUGUACUUGGUGUAUUUAUAAUAAAACAUAUUUUGAUUAA